GAACCGUGCGGCAGCUUGCGGCUCUUUACGCAAGCUACUAUAUAAACAGCGUGUCACGUCUUCCGCCCCUGACUAGUUGUCAAUAUUCUGGCGUGUGCGUGACGAGGACACCGGAACGAGUGUUUUACCGAAGCAGUCGAGCAGAGCGAUGGGAUCAAUUCACUUGAUGCUGGCUGCGCUGGCCGUCCUCGGAUACGGCAUGGCUGUGUCAGCGGCUACCUGCCAGUCGGAUGCCGAUUGUUCAGGGGGCCAGCGCUGCGUUUUACACUCCAACUACUCGAACAGAGCAAACUGUGAAACCGAUCAUCGCUGCAUCUCUGUUUCUUCAGCCUCGUGCUCGUGUUACCCUGGCUUCGAAUGCCGACUGAAGGAUUGCCCCUCAUCACCCUACGAGUGUCUUGUCCUGGAGCGCCAGAAUACCAGAUGCGGUGGAAAUAACGGUCCGCAGUGUGGCACGAACCAGGUGUGCGGAUACCAGAAGACCGGACUGGUUUGUUUCAAGUGCCCCUGUUACGGUACAGAACGCGCCGUGUGCGUGGAGAAGCAGCCGGGCGUCGAGUGUGGCCCGAACAGCAUCGCCCAGGUGAACCGCGACAACAGCUACGUGUGCAAGGGCUGCGCCUCCGCCACUUCUGUGCUCACUGAUUAGCGGAAACAGUGACGGCGGAAACAGUAACUCGCCAGUUGUCCUCAUUUGAACGAGAAAUGACGACAUGCGUCCGCGCCUUGGCUGUCUC